AUGACAGAUUUUUAUCUAAACGAAUCCAAUAAUUUAUCCCAGUACAAAUGCGACCAGACGAUCAUAAUAAACGAAAAAUACCUGAAGGAAAUCUGGAGAUUCCAUUCCGAAUGCGAACCGAAACGCGAACCAAUCGACUGGUACCCCCUAGCGAAUUCGUACUACCCGCGCACGGAAGACGUCGACGCAUGCGCGCGCGUCGGUCACCUCCUGAGCACCGAACGCGACGCGACCUUCGCGCCCGAAACCGCCUGCGAUUGCUCGUGCGAGGAGGACUGCUACUCGGAGCGUUCGGCCCAAAUCAAGUACUUUUCGGCGGAGCCGGCCGCGUUUCUGAUAAUCGGCAAACCGGAGCUGGGCGGUGAGCAGUUGGGGCGGCUCCUCGCCGAUCACUGGAGGUGCGUCUACGUCGAGCCCGAGAAUUUGAUCGCGGAGGAGAUCGCCGGUAGGACGCGGGCCGGCGUCGCGAUCGAGUAUAACUUGCGCGUCGGGAGAGCGAUCGGCGCCGGCACCGUUUUGAGAUUGAUCGCGAAACGGCUGGGCACCGAAACCGUGAAGCAUCGCGGUUACGUGCUGUGCGGUCUUCCGCUGGUGCCCAACGGGCUGUUUCACCAGGAGGCGUUAAGCGAUGACAGCACAAUUUUCGACGUGCGAAACGUGCUCGACGAAAUUCUGGCGAACGUGGACCAACUUGGCGUGCCCCCCGCCUCCAAGCACAAGCUGCUUCAGUUUGAAAUCGAGGACCCCCCGCCUGAUUUUGGAGGGGCGGAUUUGGGUAGCGAAGACGGCGAUGAUGUGUGUAGCACCUUUGGCGAGGACCAACUCGAGUUCAUCUUUCGACGCCUUCACAAGUCGUCCGUUGUGAUAUACAUGGCGUGCCCCAACGGUGACGUCAUCAGGAAGCGCGCGGGCUACCGACUCGACGUCGACACUAACCAAACGGUCGACUCGCAACAGGAGCUCAACGAGAAAAUGAUCUACACGCACUUCUCGCAAACUCCCGGCGUUGCCAACGACGAGGAGUUACCUGAAGAUUUCAUCGACGUGGUGAAGGACAGUCGGAUGGUGUUCGGCAGGUCGCAAGGGAGGCUGCUGGUGCGAACACCCCAGAACUUCCCGAGUAAUGUGAGCGCCACCUUGGAUCGUUUCCGCCAGAGUGCCAUGCCGGAAAUCGAACGCUUUGUUUUGGCGCACGAUCCCCAGCUUGUGAUCAGGGUGGAUGGGCGAAUUUCGGUCGUUCGCAUGUUUUACGCCGUGAAGAUGAAGCUGGAAACGCUUCCUCUGCAAAGGGUGGCGGUGCCCGAGCUUUGUCUCGCCUCGAGUGAGACACCUGGUGAGGCUGGUCCGGCAGACGGAUUGAACAUUGACGGUUUAACUGUGGAGGAGUGUUUCGCCCUGUUUUCGAGGCGAAACGUGGCGAGCUCGAUGUUUAAGUGGGGGUGGAGCGACUGGGGCUGCAAGUGUCCCGUUUCCAUGGUGGACGGUUACGAGAUUCGGGGCGAUCCGAACUACGCCGUGCAUUUCAUGAGCAACAUCUUCUUCUUGGCCAACCAGGAGGCGUGCGCGAGGUUCCAACGGAAUCCGCGCCCGUUUCUGUUGCCACCGUGGCCGAAACCGACCUGCCGGAUUUACGUCAUGGGUCCCAGACUGUCCGGGAGGACCUCCGUCGCGAACUGUCUGGGGUACGUCUUCAAAGCGGCCGUUCUCAACUACGACCAGUUGAUGCACAGCUGUUUCACGGCGAGGCUCAACGAGUACCGCAACGGAAUUCGGAGCAAGGCUCUCGAGCACGCGCUCGGCGUACUUAACGCACAGCGGCAGGGGGAGUGGGACGAACUGGAGCGAGAGAGAGCGCUGAAGAUCGACGAGUGGGCGUUCGGCCAGCGGGAGGCGAUCAAACAGCUGAUCCGUUUGAGGAGGGACAUCGCCGAGCUGGAGUCGCAAACCGCGUUUUUUCCCGUAUCCUCGUUUCCGUUGCAGCUUUCCUACAGCAAGACGGUCGAAAGCUCCGACGGUAACGCGCGCACGUCCGUUUCGACGCUCCCCCUCGCGAAACUGAAGGAGAUGGCGAAUGAGCUGGAGCGAACGAUGGGCGUGCCACCUCUUUCGGAUUACGAGGAGCUAUUACACGACGUGGAUCAACUGUACAAGUAUCUACCAGAACACUUGCGGCAACCCACGGAGGCGGUCGUACCCGCCUCGGAGUCCGACGAGCCCGUGCGACUCUACGUCGAGGAGGCCUUGAGGAGUGCGUCCUACGAUCACCUGGAAAUGACAAUGGAGCACAAGGUGGAGGUGCUGACGCGAAGUAUUAAAGAGAUCGAAGACCGCAACCGUAGCCGAGGAGGUUGGAUCGUUGACGGCGUCCAGCCCAUCCCUCAACUCUUCCAGGAGCUGAAUCCCGACUACACCCCGACCUUUAUAAUUCUGCUAGCCGACGGCCACGAGAUUCUCCUCGAGCGCUUCCCCAAACGCGGCCAAAACGAGUUCCGGGACUUUCGCGGGUUAUUCCACGAGAUCGAAAAGGAGGAGGCGGCUUGGAGGUCUCCGUCUGUUACCUCGACGGUUAGCUAUCGGGAGCGAAACAUGAAGCGCGUCGUCGACGAGAUUUUGGACGAGAUCGACGACGGUCGCCUGGAGAACAUCGUCGCGUACACGCGCGACCUCCACCAGUUCGACGUGGACUUCGCCGGGCUAAGACCGAAGCUGGUGGAGUUCGGCAUCGACGUUCUCCCAGUCACCGUCUCACCCUCCUUAAAGGACACGCUGAAGGAGGCGGUGCGCCUCGUCGAAAACCGCUACCGGCGACCCGCCUCGGAGUACACGGAGCUGGACCGCGCCGAAGAGGUGCAAGAUCUCGGCGGCGGACUCGAACCCGAAGAAAAGGAGGACGGCCCCGACGACAUCUUGGCAAAUCGCCGCUACGGCGACACCUUCCACUACUGCCCGGUCGCCUUCGCCGAGCACCGCGUGCUUUGGAGGGGCAAGGAGGAGUUCGCCGCCAAAUUUCAGGACAAGGUCUACACCUUCGCCGACCGGAGCGCUCUGGACGCCUUCGUCGGCGACCCGUACCGCUAUCUUCCGCCGCGUCGCGCGAAAAUUCCCCCGCCUCGCGUCUGCGUCGUCGGGCCGCGGGCCUCCGGAAAGUACGCGCUCGCCGAUCGACUCUGCCGAAACUUCGGGCUUUGCCGUCACCAAUUCGCGAACCUGGACCGCGCGCUCGGGGCGCUAUGGACCUCGGAGCGCGAGCGGGUUUUCGGCUUCGUUCUCAGCGGUUUUCCUAGGCGACUCGCGGACCUGUCGUUCAUGCUAGAGCACCACGCCAUCCCCGAUUUGGUCAUCGAACUCGCCGCCGACAAGAACGAGGUGCGCGAACGUCUCCUAGCGAGAUUCGGCGGGCUGGGGGAGGACGAGUUCGAGAGUUUCGUAAAUGAAGUUGAAGAUUCCUUCGCCAAGGAGCUCGAGGACCUGCAGGAGACCAGGGAAAGGUGCCGACUGGAGCAGAUCCCGUGGGUGACAGUCGACUCGUUUACGCAAGCGGCUCGGGUCGUCGACGGGCUGAAGUUUCGCAACGAGUCCGCAUUCGAGAGGGUUUACGAGGUGUCGGUCGAUCUCUCGGAGAGGCUUCUGUCGUCGGGCUACUACUUUUUGAGCCGAUUCGGUAGGUGGUGUCCGGUCGACGGGUCCAGUCCGGUUCAGAUGUACCUGAAGUCGAAGGAAACCUACCAGCUGACCCCUUGCAUACAUCGCCAGUACGUCUACUUCAUCGCGCGAAAAAGUGACGUGGAGAAAUUCAAAGCGAACCCGCUGAGGUACACGUCGCAAGCUGGACACGUGCCCAAGGCGCAGGUGCCGUUUCGACUCGCGAUCGUCGGGUCGCCGAGGUCGGGCAAGACGAGCCUGGCCGAAAGGUUCCGGAGGGAGCUCGGGCUUCAGGUGGUGACGCGCGGGAAAGCCGGAAGGUACGUGCUGAAUUAUUUGAGGUUUUCCCAACUGGCCGAAAGUAUGGACUCGGUGCUGCGGUUCGGUUGGCAGCUGAGCGAGGAGUGCGCGAUGAGGGCUGUGGAGGCGAUUUCGUUCGACUCGAAAUGUGUAACUCUGGGAAUGGUCAUGGAUGGCUUCCCCGAGAGCAGGACCGAGGUUCGCGCCCUGGCGACCGCCGGGCUGGUACCGCAUUUGGUUAUCAACCUGAACGCAGACCUGCCCGUGGUGAGCGAGUUUCGUGGGAGCGCAGGCAAACGGGGACUUCCGCCUUUUUCGGAACGGUUCAUUAGCCACCGGUACCACCAGGUUAAAAUGCUAGAGCCCAUCUUUCAGGAAUGGUUCCAGAGUGAGUACCAAGUGCUCAAGACUAUUCAGGUGGGGCCCUCCAGGUGGCGGGCUUGGAACCAAAGCCGGGAUUUGGCAAUGGACGCCUUUUCUCAAGUUCAACAUUACUUCAGCCACGCUUCGGCUGAUACCCCCCUCCACCUCGCGCACAUGCUGGUCACGCCUUUAGAAUUCAUCGAGCGCCAAAGCGGAUACAAGAACUACUGCCCUUGCUGCUUGUACUUCGACAAUUGUUUAAUCGACGGUGGCUCCCCCCCGGACCGUACACGACUCUUGCAAUUUCGCGAAUACUUCUACUUCAUCUGCAGCUCCCACACGGAGCACUUCCUCGGCGAUCCCCUCAGAUUUAUCUCGCCCUACAAUCCACGCCAGUUACCCGACCAAGUCCCAGUUCGCCCCGCCCACAUUCCCCAAGGAAACCCCUACUCUGAGGGCAACUGCAUCGUGUGUUACACGCAGAAUUUACCCCGCCACGUGAUCCACCCCGGCAGUCGCCUGCUGACGGUGGUUUACCGCGAAAAAAUCUACCGUUUCGACACCGAACCAUGCCUCCAGACCUUCAUGCGGGAACCCCACCUCUUCUUCUCCAAGGUGAUCAACUACGACGACCCGCUCCCGGCGCUCCGUCCCCAAGACCUGCCCAUACCCGGCUACCUUCAGCAGGACGACGCGCAUCAGCUCGUGCGCGCCAUCAACAACACUCGCAUACUGCGACCGGUGAUACCCGGCCUGAGCGUAGAGCAAUCGGCGGCCCUUAACGUGGGCUUUCACCUGAAAGUGAACAACCCCAAGACGACGGAGAGAUUUCUGCCCCUUUACGCGGAGGCGAGGGAGACGUUCAAUAGGAGACGAUUAAGUCUGCUGAGGCGGCUGGACGAAAUGAAGCGGAUGAUUAAUCCGUAUUUAUACUACGAGGAACCGAUGCCGAAGUUUGUCGAUCCGUUGGCCGACAGUUCCCGAGCAAGUAGCGUUCCUACGAGUAAGGUAUUCGACGAGCAUGAUAUUAAUUAGGAAAUUAAUGUUGUUCAAUUCUAAUAAAAGUACAAGUUGAGAGGUUCCACCCUGUAUAUACAACUUACGACGAUACAUACAUUUUUGAGAGUUGGCAACCAUGCAAUUUCUGGCGCCACCUAGAAAGCACGAA